AUGACAUUUCUCUUCAAAAAAGAAAGCGGGAAGAACAAAAUGGCUGAACAUCCACACUCCUUGCGAUCCCGUUUUCUCCAGAAUCUCCCAACGACCUCCUCCUCCUCCUCAUCCCUCGCCGAUAUGCGAAACACCGAAUCACCAAAGCUUCGAGUCCUCGUCGCCUCGAAUGGCCCCAAAGAUACUGCACAGGCACUGGCGUUAGUGGUACGACUCUCGAAGAAUCCGAAAAUUGAAACGCGCGCUAUAGUCGACGAAGAAUCAUACCCUGCUCACCGACUGUCCCAAGAAACACUCACGCUGCAGAAUCGGUCAUUUAGGUCCUGCAAGGCGACAGAUGAAGCGCAGAAAGGUAUCGAGAGGUCUCAGGUGGAGUUUUACAGGCAGCAGGCAUAUGAUUUGUGUGACUGGGCGGAUAUGUUGGUUCUGGCACCGAUCGACGCCGACACGUUUGCGAAGAUGUUGCACGGCAUUACCGAUUCUUUUCUGCUCGAAAUUCUCCGUGGAUGGGAUGUUUCGAAGAAGGUACUGCUGGUUCCUGGAAUGACAACGUCCAUGUGGGAGAAUCCAAUGACGAAGAAGCAGUUGAGCAAGGUUCGGCGGAAGUGGCAAUGGGUUAGGGUUAUGCAACCUAUCUUAUGGCACUAUGACGACGAUAAAGGCCUCUCGAAACGUUUUGUCGCGUGGGAAGGAUUCAAUGAGUUGGUGGACAUCAUAAAGAAUCAAGCAGAACUUAUGACCAUUGGUCACGAUGUUGAUAUUGCUGCUUCAGGUGCAGCUAGUCUGACGAAAUAUAACACCAAGACUUACGCUCUCCUCCCGCCGGAAAUAUGGGGUUCUAUAUUCGAAUACGUGGGGGACUGGGAGGUAGCGCAGGCGCUAAAUAUUUACACGAACCUUCCCGUCCCUCCUGACUGGAUUCGUGCGAGAAAUGGUCCUAGAGACGAAUUACACAUUUAUAUGCGGUCCCUCGAAUUGGCUAUACUUACUUUACCCAUCCCUAAGAUCAUCGAAAGACUGAAGAAUGCGCCGGAAGACAUGCAAUACCUGUCGAGUCUUUGCGUCAAAUUGAUUCUAAAAUUCUGUCUCACAGACCUCCUCACUUACCUGGAAACUAAUUUGAAAGAUGUAUUCUGGUCAUCUUUUGGCCAAAAACUGAUCCCUAACAAAACAUCCGCGGCAUUUGGCCGCACUGAAAUCCUUGAAUGGUGGCGAACAUCACCCACCUUCCUCUCCAAAGACUAUACCGAAGAGGCCAUUGAUGGUGCAUCCAAAUCUGGAUUCGUCCAUGUCCUUGACUGGUGGUAUCGUUCUGGCCUUCCUCUCAAAUACACUGAAACUUCCUUGGAACAAGCUUCCUCUAAAGGACACGUUCUAGUUCUAGAAUGGUGGAAGCAAGCAUCUCUUCCUCAAGGCUCUUUCCGAGAUUCUCCAAUACCAGCGGACUCGGAACCAUUCACACAUUCGGAAACUCGACCUCCUCUUGUACUUCUGCCUGGAAAGGCUCUUUUAGCUGCUGCUCAGAACAACCAACCACAUGUACUUCGAUGGUGGGACAACUCAUCUAUUCCGAUCGCACAUUCAGAGGCGGUAGCUAAAAUUGCGUCUGCUCAUGGCCAUGUCUCGGUUCUGAACACAUGGCGAGAAUUGAAGGGAACAAAAAUAGCGUUCGAUCACCGCGUGCUUGUUGAACCUACCAAGAACGGUCAUGUGGACGUGCUGGAGUGGUGGCGAGCAUUCAGCAGGGAAACAGGCGUGAGGGUCGAAUAUAAAACCUGCGAUAUUGAAGAAGCAUUAGAGGAUAGUGUGGGCAGUGAGGCGGAGGUGGACAGGAUCAAGCGAUGGUGGGUCACCAAUGGGCUGAACCUUGGGGUGCAGGUCAGCGAGUGGACUAAGCUUAAGCUUUUGUGA